AUGGAAUCAGAUGACCCCUCAUGCGUGAGACAACUUCCUACCGGCAAGAAACGGAUCCCAAAAGCAUGCAGUGCUUGUCGACAGUCGAAGGUGCGAUGUGAUGGGAAACGGCCCUGCUCGAGGUGCAAGCGAUCAUACAAACAAUGCAUUUUCUACGAAGUUCCUAAAGAUCCCACCACUGAGAGACUGGAGAACGUCGAAUCUGAAGUGCAACGUCUCCGUGCACAGAUAGAGGCCAUGGGCGAGCUUUUUUGUCUCUCCACGCAGCAAUUGCCACAAGAAGCACCUUUCCUAACUUCGAAUCAUGCGGCUUCUGAUUCAGGAGGCAUGCCCAUGCUUUUCGCCGCGGCGACUUCUGCUCUCAAUUCCGAGAGGGGAUCCGAGUUGCAUCCACAAAGAGGAUUGUCUUCCUCGUCGCAGAUUCCAUCCGCGAUGGACGAGGAGACAGUUCGUCCGGUCAGACGGAAGCGCUCUGGAUUUGAGGUUAAGGAAGAGCCCAUCUCGGACUUCGUAUCUCAGGGCUUGAUGACUGCUGAUCAAGCUCUCGCCUGUUUCAGAACGUUCUUCCAGGGCUGCGAUAGGUACAUCCCGAUUUUCGAUCCGGAGGUCGACACCUUCACCUCGGUACGCUCUCGCAGCAGCAUACUACUAAACGCGAUUUGCACGAUUGGCAGCCGUGUUGAAAUGAGCCCCGGAUCUCAAAUUCCCGAUCUGCUGCACGCGGAACUCAAGAAAUGGAUUGGCAUUGUGAUCCAAAACAAGAAUCUGAACUGCCUGGAGUCGGUGCAGGCGCUGCUGAUCGUCGCGUGCUACACCGCCGAACGCUCGCUGAUACUAUCCUUUGCCACCAGAAUGGCGUUGGACCUUGGUCUGGACGAAGCGUUCGAAGAGCUGAUCCAGCUACUAACAUUGAAGAGGACUAGUGACAUGUUGAGAAUUCCCGGUGAUAGCAUGGAAGCACAGGUGCGCUGUUUGAUGCGGAAGUCCAGGACAUGGUUUGGGCUCCUGUCACUUAUGCUGGGUAUAAUUAAUGGUCAUUGUGCUCAGAUUUCACGUCGACGGCGGCAAGCCACCUGGGAUACGGAUGAUGGGAAAUGCUCGGCGAUGCCGAAUCCUGCUGCAUCAUCCUUCGUCGUCAGUAUUAGAUAUGCGUCUUUUCUCUCAGCCAACAUCAACGACACACUAGACAUCCGAGACAGUCUGUCUCGAGAAGCCAUUGCUGAGUUUGUACACGAGGCCAAGGUCGACCUUGAUCUCUGGUUUGAUCAACUCCCCGACAGCCCAAGAAGAACGACCAUUCCUACUGGCCGCCCUGAGUGUCCAACACUGCUGGGCCGAACUCAUCCUCCACUGCAAAGCGCUGCGCUCCAUGGGCGUGGAGAACGUAGCGUAACAAUCACCCCCCUAGAGCUUAACAUCCUCAGCCUCGCCAAAUCCGCCGCCCGCCAACAUCUCCGCCUCAUCAGCCUCGAGCCCGCCUUCUACCUCGCCAAGCUCAAAUACGCCAUGGAUUUCGUCUGGGCCAAAUGCGCCUUCUGCUUCCUGCUGCUGCUGAAACUCUCCCGCCUCCUCCCCGAACAGCGGGACGAACACGAGGAGCUGCUGCAGCUCGGAAACAAGCUCCUGUGGGAGUUGACCCGGUCGGCUGAGGGCGGGGAGACAUCGGCCCCUCUCGAUCUGGAUAUUGCACCGUCUAGAGGAACAGGUAUAGGGUUGGGGAAUGUCUACAUGCAUAUCCUCCGCUUGAGCAUCGAGAAAUACAGCCGCAUAUUCCAGGGACAGGAGCGAGGGGAGAGGGGGGUAAGUGGCAGCAGCAGCAGCAGCAGCAGCAGCAGCAGCAGUCCUGGUAAACAAACCUCUUCUUCCUUCUGGGACCUGUUCGACGCGCAGGUCGAUCUGCAGUCGUUCGUGCCGGAACAGUUUGUGCGCGACUGGGAUUUCCCCGGGCUGAAUCUGUUCUAUUUCCCGACAGCGUGGCAGGAUUUCUUUGGAGACUUUUCGUUGGGGUUUGGGAGCUGA